ACGUGCGGCCUUCUUCUUUCUCGCUCACCCCCGCAACAACCUCACAUAUACAGUAAGUCACUCCGCUCUAUUCUUCUUCUUCUUCUUCUUCUUCAAGUCGUCCCCUACUCCCUCCAAGUUGCCCCACCGCCCCCCCCAGCGACAAUGCUCGCCAAACAGACCCUCCACACCCUCCUCCUCGCCCUCCUCUCCCUCUCCGUCCACGCAUCCCACUACGCCGACGACGCCGACGACGACCUCGACUCCGACCCCAUCUCCCAUACCCCUCCCCAACCGCGCCCCGCCACCGACGACGACUGGACAGCCCACCUCUUCCUCGACGCCGGCGACUUUGCAACCUCCAACAUAUACUGGAUCCUCCCCACCUUUGGAACGUUACUGUUCUUGAAUGUGUUGUAUUUUAUGUAUGCGGCGGGACGGUUGAUGCGCGAGGAGAUUGUGAGUGUUCGGGCUGUGGAGUUGGGGGUUGCCGUUGGGGAAGCGUGGACGACGGUUACGACGUGGGCCGAGUUUGGGAAGUGGAGGGGUGAUAUCGCAAUGACGAGAGCGUACUCGACGGCAGAGGAGGAGGGUCCAUCAAGAUCGACAUCGUCAAAGGCACAGUCAAAGUGGGAGGAAAUCACGCCAACCCACGGCACCUACCUCUGCCACACCACCGAGGUUUCCCCCACCGAACACGUUUUCGUACAUACCCGCACACCACACACACCCGCGUCCGGCUCCCUCUGGUCCAACUUCCUCUGGCGCACAUUCGCACAACAUGCUUCAACCACCUGGACCAUCGAGGUUCGGCCAUCAUCACCCGGAGUGAACAAAGGGAGCAUCGUCUACAUAACAGAACAACUCCGGAUCGCGUCCCCAUUCUUCCGCUUCGCUACGGUCAUGUUCAAGGGAACCGGUGGGGACGUGACGAGGUUUUUGAAGGAUUUGGCUGCGGAGAGCGGGGAUACGCAGGCGGUUGUUGUUAGGCCUGUGCAGGGGAGGUUGGAGGUUGGGAAGGGGCCGGUGGAGGAUAAGAAGGAUUUGUAGGGCGCGGCGCCCCCGAUUUGGCAUAGGCCUUUGCCCUGUAUAUAUAUGUACUGUAUACUGCGUGGUGGUUGAUCUACACUGAUGAUGAAAGGAUAUCCCAGUAGAUUUCGUAUGGGUGUCCCGUACGGAAAAUUUGCAACUCAGAUUCGACCUCCGAGAAGGCAUACUAGUAUGUAGGGUUCGAUUCGU